AUGCGACUUGACCCCACCGUCCUUGUUUUAGGUGCAUCCUUUCUGUCCUGCAACAAGAGUCUCGUAAGGGCAUCCGCUUUCCCUGCGACGGAUGCAAAAAAACUGGACCCGGACUUGACACACGACACCAAUGACGUCGUCCCCGCUAAAAGCGAAUUGAGGUCUUAUGAGAUGAAGCGCGAGGAAGAGCGAGAAAUGUUCAUGAAAAUUGUGAAAGAACUCGCUGAGUCGGUUGCGACCUAUUUCCACCCGUCAAGUGUUGAGGGCGGAACGAAAUCGGUUUUGGAGCUCGAGCGCGAAGUGCUCUUAAUGCCGCAUCUAUACAGACCGUACGCCACGGAGCUCGAGCCCCUACUGCAGCACUGGUAUGAUGUGGAAAAGAAAUCCAUCGACGAACUGGCGCAGCUCCUCGGACUAACAACAACCAAAAGCCUCAAUCUCUGUUUUCUCAGGGCUAGCGACGCCAAAAAGAUUGAGGUGCUACGUUUCUACAUCGAUCACGUUAACCAAAAGGAGAACACUCAGCACACGCUGAUUAAGACGCUGACGAAGUACUACGGUGACCGGGCGUUAUCAGCUGUCUUGAUGGAAUCGAUUCGUCAUCGUUCUGCUUUUGAGAGUAUCGUUGCAAUAGGCUUGCAGCGAGAGAUGAUUGCAGGCUGGAUGGAUAGGAAGCUGCCCGCCGAGGAGUUGUUUGACAUGCUGAAGCUCAAAGAUAAAGGGAAGGAGGCCUUGUAUAGCACAGAGCUAUUGACAUUGGAGCGAUACGUGGAAGCACAGCUCCAUGGAAAACCUUUGCCGUCCCUGUAUACGGAUCUAGAAACUGUGCUGCCCCAGCACAGAUUAGUGACGCUCGAGGAUGGAACUCAGCUACCCCUCCACCAGUUUGAGCAGCGCCGCGAUCGAGUUGUCGUCGGCAUCUUGUCAAAGGGCUUUGGAGACGGCGAGUUUGCAAUAAUGUUGGGCAAAGCGCUUGCCCGCUACCCCUUUGAUGUGAAGUCCAGAACGUACAUGGACGCUGUGUUAUGGCACUGGAAGGAUGAAGGCAAAACAGACUUGGAGCACGUGUUCAACGCUGAGUUCUUCGAGAAGCAUUCACUGCACGGUCAAGACACUGCAAGGGCCAUUAUGGAUCGUUACCGCGCUUACGAAGUUCAUGGGUGA